AUGGCACGCGACAGCAGCUCCGCUCCUCCCCUCCUCUCGCUCUCGCUCUCUCCCUCGCUCCUCGUCGCGACCGCCGAGGCUCCCCGCACCCUGUGCGCGGCGCAGCGGCGUCCCCCGGCAUGGCGCCAUGGUGCACCGUCCAACGCCGAUGGCCGCGGCCGCGUCCGAGCCCCUGCUCCCCCCCGGCGCGUGGUGGUGCUGGACGCCGACAUCAACGACGCUGCGCUGCUGGAGCGGCACCUGUCCGUGGUGCCGUUCACGCACGUGCUGCGCCUCGCGGCCCAGGCGGCUCUCCUCUCUGCAUCCUUUUUUCCUACUUUCGUUUUGCGAAGUUUCUUGCGUAGUGGGAGCUGGGGCGGGAAAUGGAGCGCGGUGGUUGGUGGCGAAUGGCUCUCCGGUCACCAUCGUUUCCCUGUCCUAGCGGUGGUGCAGCGGCAUGGGAAGGUGGAGAGGAUCAACACCUGUGUGGAGGCUAGAGUGGGGCCUCAAGCAAAAGUUUCCUGCAGGUUAUGGCUGAGGUACGAAGAGAAGGCAUUUGUGAUUUAUGGUUGCAUGCAUCAGGCCACCAUUUGUAUUCGCGGCCAUCUCCUCUCUCUCCGCGUCCUCCCGUCCCUCCUCAGUCCUCAGAUCCCCCAAACCCGCCGAGACACCGCGGCCUCGCCUCCGCUCCUCCCCACCAGCGUCGUCACGGCCGCCGCACCAUCCGCCACCCCCGCGCGCACUCCCAUACCCACGGCCCUCUCCUCCGCGGACGCCACGGAUACCAACCCAGCGGCGAUCCGGGCGUUCCUCUCGCGCCUCGUCGACACCACCCGUCGCGCUCUCUCCGGCGCGCGCCCCUGGUCCGAGCUCGCAGACCGCUCGGCGCUCUCCCGCCCAGACUCCCUCGCCGAGGCCACCUCCCGUCUCCGCAAGAACCUGGCCUACUUCCGCUGUCCCUCGCCGCGGCGCUGCUGGCGCACCCGUUCUCGCUGGCCGCGCUCCUGGCGCUGCUGGCCGCCUGGUGCCUCCUCUACGUGCUCCGCCCCGCCCGUCGCCGCGUUCGGCCGCACCUUCUCCGACCGCGAGGUGCUCGGCGGGCUCGUCGCAGCGUCCGCGUUCGUCGUCUUCCUCACGUCCGUGGGGUCGCUCAUCUUCUCCGCGCUCGCGCUCGGCGCCGCGGUCGUGUGCGCGCACGGCGCGUGCCGCGUGCCUGAGGACCUGUUCCUCGAUGAGGUUGCUGACCAGGGUGCCGGUGGCGCUGGUAACCCGCUGCUGUCGUUCAUUGCAUCUGCCACCGGAGGAGGCCGUGUCUGA